CCGUAUUGCUUGAAGCAGGAGUGCCGUCGCUGGUCACGCAACUUAAGAGAACUGCAGGGAAACAAGCAUCGAACCGGGGGUCGUGAUGGAGGCAUAGAUUUUGCUCUUGCGGCUCCUCGGGCGCCUGGUACACAGGGACACUUUAUCAGUGCACGAUAGCUAUAAGACGAAACAAUAUGGUGGUUUGCCUCGGUGCAGAGAACAGCAGUGCUGACAACUGAGCGCUCCCAAUUGUUGCCUUCUCUCCUACUGGAACUAUGACCGAGCCAAGCACCAGUGGCAAGCGCCAUAGAGAGGAUGAAGGUGUUGGAAACCUCGGCUGGCUGGCGAGCAGCGGUAUGCUGCCUCGCAAGCGGCAAGACAUUUCGGGAGUCGGCAAUGCGAGCAUUAUGGAGCUACAAGCACAACUUUAUCGCACGCAAGAAAAUGUGAAAUUGAAAGCAAGUGGCGUCGAGGUCCCCGACCGGCGAACUUCGGGGUUCAACGUCGCAUCGCUUAUGCAGCGACGAAACACGGGCGUGGAAGAGCGCGAUCGACGGGACAAGCUUGAAGUCAAGACCACCGCUGACCGCGUCGGGGAGUGUUACGCCGCGCUAGAGCGCAAGGCGCAACUAUACGAGAAACUAGCUCGCGGCGAGUUGGACGACGAGGGCGAGCAGUACGAGGUGGACUUCCUGCGCAAGGGCGGGGCGGCGGAGGAGGAGGCGGGUGGAGGCGAGGGCCGGCGCGGCGGCGACCUGGUGGACACCAUGCUGCAGGCAGUGUCGGGGACAGGCGGCAUGAUGACUGCGGACAUGGCGCGGGAACGGGAGCGGCGCGACUGGGAGCGGGACCAGCAGCGCAUCAUGGCGGACGAGGAGGCGGAGGAGCGGAGGCGGAAGCAGAAAGAGGCGCUGCUUUGGCUGGGCGAGCAAACGCGCGAGGAGCGGCAGCGCGCCGAAGCGGUCAAGGUGCGCAAGGAGGAGGCGGUGCGCUCCAAGCGCGAGGAGCUCAAAGCCAAGUUCCUCCGGGAUCAGGUGGCCAAGAAGCUGGCGGGCGCAGGCGCGAAGGCGGUCGGCGGAAAGAAGUCAUGAGGAGGCGGGUGGAGGGGCGUGUGGUGCGGCGCUGCUGUAAGACGGUGACGGGAGACCUGGCCAUGGCGGCAGCGGAGGAGCACGCCAGCGAGGUUUUCCGCGUAAUGGUUGCAGUAGACGAGCUGUGCAUCAUGUACGCUUGCGGCUGCCUUUGACCUGCCUGCUCUGAAGCUCAGGGGCAGGUCUCGGUCUCUGGUGCCGGACAGGAGGCGCCGUGCCGGCAUGCCGGGUGUGCACCUGGCGGUGGGUCUACUUCACUCUUCCCUCAUACCUGCACGCCUCCAAUUUUACCAGUGUGUACACGAGUAUGUGAAAAGGAGAGCCCAAAGGCUGGGUAAUCACUGGG